GAGGUGAGAAGGACGACUGUCAGAGAUAACGCUGCUCAGCCUCUCUGCACCUGGAGUUCCAGUGCCAUGGACUUAACCGAGGAUAGCUCCGUGGAAAUGAUCCUGUGCUGACCCACUUAUCCUUCCCACUCCCCGUUCUCGCUGCUGCCUUCCGGUACAACAUUUUCAGGUCAGUAAAGCGGGAAGAGCCAUGUCGGACAAGAUGUCAAGUUUCCUCCAUAUUGGGGACAUUUGUUCCCUCUAUGCCGAGGGUUCCACAAGUGGAUUUAUCAGCACUUUAGGGCUUGUGGACGACCGCUGUGUGGUACAGCCAGACACAGGUGACCUUAACAACCCGCCCAAGAAGUUUAGAGACUGCCUUUUCAAACUGUGCCCAAUGAACAGAUACUCAGCGCAGAAGCAGUUCUGGAAAGCCGCCAAACCGGGUGGCAACAGCACGACUGACACUGUUCUCCUCAAUAAACUUCAUCACGCCGCUGACCUGGAGAAGAAGCAGAAUGAGUCUGAAAACCGAAAACUGCUGGGAACAGUCAUCCAGUACGGCAAUGUCAUUCAGUUGCUGCAUUUAAAAAGCAAUAAAUAUCUGACAGUGAACAAACGUCUGCCUGCGCUACUUGAGAAGAACGCAAUGAGGGUGACGCUGGAUUCAGCUGGGAAUGAAGGAUCCUGGUUCUACAUCCAGCCCUUCUACAAGCUGCGGUCCCUGGGAGACAGUGUGGUCAUUGGAGACAAAGUAGUCCUUAACCCUGUCAAUGCUGGACAGCCUCUUCACGCCAGCAGCCACCAGCUUGUCGACAACCCAGGAUGCAACGAGGUCAACUCUGUGAACUGCAACACAAGUUGGAAAGUUGUUCUGUUUAUGAAGUGGAGUGAUAAUAAGGAAACGAUUCUUAAGGGAGGCGAUGUUGUGCGGAUGUUCCAUGCGGAGCAGGAGAAGUUUCUUACUUGUGACGACUACAAGAAGAAGCAACAUGUGUUCCUGAGGACCACUGGCAGACAAUCUGCAACAUCUGCUACAAGCAGUAAAGCACUUUGGGAAGUAGAGGUGGUCCAUCAUGACCCAUGUCGAGGAGGUGCAGGCUACUGGAACAGUCUGUUCCGGUUCAAACAUUUGGCCACUGGAUGGUAUCUGGCUGCAGAGGUGGGUGAGGUGAGCCCAGACAUUGAAGAGGAAAGUGCUGAGCAGCGGUCGUCUAUGGUGGACUUUGCGCCCUUUAAUUUCCAGCUGGACGCGGACAACGAAGCUCUGCGCGGUCGCCUUCGUGCCCCUCAGGAGAAAAUCAUGUACACCCUGGUGCCAGUCCCAGACGGCAUGGAAAUAUCUUCCAUUUUUGAACUUGACCCCACCACGCUGAGGGGCGGGGACUCCAUGGUACCAAGGAGCUCUUAUGUGCGGCUAAAACACCUGUGCACAAAUACCUGGGUUCACAGCACAAACAACCCUAUCGACAAAGAGGAGGAAAAGCCAGUGAUGUUGAGGAUUGGUACAUCAGGAGUUAAAGAAGACAAAGAAGCGUUUGCUAUCGUUCCUGUGCCUCCCGCAGAGGUGCGAGAUCUAGACUUUGCCAAUGAUGCCAGUCAAGUGUUGGCGUCAAUUGCAGGCAAACUGGAGAAGGGUACUAUCACUCAGAAUGAAAGGAGGUUUGUGACAAAACUCCUUGAAGAUCUGGUUUUCUUCGUGGUGGACAUCCCAAACAGUGGGCAGGACGUUUUAGAGAUCAUGGUUAACAAGCCCAACAGAGAAAGACAGAAGCUCAUGAGAGAGCAGAACAUAUUGAAACAGAUCUUCAAACUUCUCCAAGCUCCAUUUACGGACAGCGGUGAUGGCCCCAUGCUGCGCCUGGAAGAGUUAGGAGAUCAGCGUCAUGCUCCUUUCAGACACAUUUGCCGACUCUGCUACCGAGUUUUACGCCAUUCUCAGCAGGACUACAGAAAAAACCAGGAAUAUAUAGCCAAACAGUUUCGCUUCAUGCAGAAGCAGAUUGGAUAUGAUGUUCUCGCUGAAGACACAAUCACGGCAUUACUUCACAACAACAGGAAGUUGUUGGAAAAACAUAUCACUGCUGCUGAGAUCGACACAUUUGUGACCUUAGUGAGGAAAAACAGGGAACCAAGGUUCUUGGACUAUCUGUCAGAUCUUUGUGUGUCCAUGAACAAGUCCAUCCCUGUGACACAAGAACUCAUCUGCAACGCUGUGCUGGACCCGUCAAAUGGAGACAUCCUCAUUGAAACAAAGCUGGUCUUGUCACGGUUUGAAAUCGAGGUGCCUGCGAAUGGAGACCAACCGAUGGAGGCAGAGGAUGAGGAGGAGGUCUGGCUCUUCUGGAAAGAUAACUUCAAGGAAAUAAGGAGUAAGAGUGUCCGAGAGUUGGCACAGGACGCUAAGGAGGGACAGAAAGAGGACCAAGAGGUUGUCAGUUAUUACAGGUGUCAACUGAACCUCUUCGCCCGGAUGUGUUUGGACCGUCAGUACCUGGCUAUCAAUAAGAUCUCUGGUCAGCUGGAUGUUGAUUUAAUUCUGCGUUGCAUGGCUGAUGAGGACUUGCCGUACGACCUGCGGGCCUCAUUCUGCCGCCUCAUGUUACACAUGCACGUAGACCGCGACCCUCAGGAGCAAGUUACACCUGUUAAAUAUGCACGCCUUUGGUCUGAGAUUCCUUCUCAGAUUGCAAUUGAUGACUAUGACAAUGAUGGGACCACGAGAGAUGAGAUAAAGGAGAGAUUCUGCCUCACCAUGGACUUUGUGGAGAACUAUCUGAGAGAGGUGGUGUCACAAAACAUACCCUUCUCUGACAAAGAGAAGAACAAGCUCACUUUUGAGGUGGUCAACCUUGCAAGAAACCUCAUCUACUUUGGUUUCUACAACUUCAGUGAUCUUCUACGACUGACGAAGAUAUUGCUAAAUAUUUUAGACUGUGUCCACGUCAGCACCAUUUACUCAAUCAACAAGAUAGAGAAGGGAGAGGAAAACAAAGCUGGCAGUAAUGUGAUGAAAUCCAUUCAUGGGGUUGGAGAGCUGAUGACCCAGGUGGUCCUCCGAGGAGGCGGCUUGCUUCCCACCGCACCUGCUCACCAGCCUGAAGGCGAUGUGGCUAAAACCCAGGUUGAACCAGAGAGAGAAGACAUCAUGGUGAUGGACACCAAGCUUAAAGUCAUUGAGAUUCUUCAGUUCAUUUUAAACGUGCGGCUUGACUAUCGCAUCUCCUGCCUCCUAUGCAUAUUCAAACGUGAGUUUGAUGAGAACAACCAACAAGGUGACAAUGUUCCAACUCAAAAUGGAAUGAGUGGUUUGCCAGGACCGAUGCCAGGAAAUCUUGACUUUGAGAACAUUGAGGAACAAGCUGAAGCCAUCUUUGGAGGAAGUGAGGAGAACACACCGCUGGACUUGGAUGACCACGGAGGCCGAACGUUCCUACGAGUCUUGUUGCACCUGACCAUGCACGACUAUCCUCCUCUUGUGUCCGGAGCGCUUCACCUUCUUUUCAGACACUUCAGUCAGAGACAGGAAGUCCUCAUGGCUUUUAAGCAAGUCCAGCUUCUGGUGACCAGUCAGGAUGUUGAUAAUUACAAGCAGAUCAAGUCAGACCUGGAUCAGCUGCGUUCAAUUGUGGAGAAGUCUGAACUUUGGGUCUACAAGAGGCAAGGAGAAGAUGGGUUGGAUGGAGACGGGCCUUCUGAGUCUGAGACCAAAAAGAAGGGGGAUUCGCUCAGUUCCAACAAAAAGAAUACUGAGAGCACCAGCAGUUAUAAUUACAGAGUCGUAAAAGAGAUCUUGUUGCGUCUCAGUAAACUCUGCGUCCAGGAGGGUAGCUCAGGUAAGAAGAGUAAGAAGCAGCAGCAGAGGUUACUGAGGAACAUGGGAGCCCACAGUGUGGUGCUGGAGCUACUGCAGAUCCCAUAUGAGAAGGGUGAAGAUGUUCGAAUGCAGGAGAUCAUGAAACUGGCUCAUGAGUUUCUGCAGAACUUUUGUGCAGGCAACCAGCAGAACCAAGCUCUUCUCCACAAGCACAUCAAUCUGUUUCUAAAUCCCGGGAUUCUUGAGGCCGUCACCAUGCAGCACAUUUUCAUGAACAACUUUCAGCUGUGCAGCGAAAUCAACGAGCGUGUGGUGCAGCACUUUGUCCACUGCACUGAGAGUCAUGGUCGACACGUGCAGUACCUCAAGUUCCUGCAGACCAUCGUGAAGGCUGAGAAUAAAUUCAUAAAGAAGUGUCAGGACAUCGUAAUGGCUGAGCUUGUGAACUCAGGAGAGGACGUCCUGGUGUUCUACAAUGACCGCGCAUCCUUCCAAACACUGGUCCAGAUGAUGCGUUCUGAGCGGGACCGCAUGGAUGAGAACAGCCACCUCAUGUACCACAUUCACUUGGUGGAGCUGCUGGCCGUCUGUACUGAGGGCAAGAAUGUUUACACUGAGAUCAAGUGCAACUCGCUGCUGCCCCUGGAUGACAUUGUCCGUGUGGUAACUCAUGAAGAUUGCAUUCCUGAGGUGAAGGUUGCCUACAUCAACUUCCUCAACCACUGUUACGUCGACACAGAAGUAGAAAUGAAGGAGAUCUACACAUCCAACCAUAUGUGGAAGCUGUUUGAAAACUUCCUGGUGGACAUAUGCAGGGUGUGCAACAACACCAGUGACAGGAAGCAUGCAGAUACCAUGCUGGAGCGUUAUGUAACAGAGACGGUCAUGAGCAUUGUCACAUGUUUCUUCAGCUCGCCUUUCUCUGAUCAGAGCACAAGUCUGCAGAUGGCCCGUAAUAUGUAUGCGGCCAUUCUCGGAAAGAUAACUGAGACUCGUCAGCCAGUGUUUGUACAGCUGCUGCAGGGGGUAUUUCGGGUUUACCACUGCAACUGGCUUAACCCUGUUCAGAAAGCCUCUGUAGAGGCUUGCAUUAAGGUUCUGUCUGACGUAGCCAAGAGCAGAGCCAUCGCCAUCCCAGUGGACCUGGACAGUCAGGUCAACAACCUGUUUGUGAAGUCCAACAACGUUGUGCAGAAGAGCAUUCUGAACUGGAGACUAUCAGCUAAGAACACAUCCAGACGGGACUCUGGCCUGACCACGUCCAGAGACUACAGGAACAUUAUUGAACGACUCCAGGACAUUGUGUCUGCUCUAGAAGAUCGACUCAGGCCGUUGGUCCAAGCUGAGCUCUCUGUACUGGUGGAUGUCCUUCAUCGACCGGAGCUUCUCUUUCCUGAAAACACGGAUGCUCGAAAGAAAUGUGAAAGUGGAGGAUUUAUAUCAAAAUUAAUCAAACACACCAAGCAGUUGCUGGAGGAGAAUGAGGAGCGGCUCUGCAUCAAAGUCCUUCAGACACUAAGGGAGAUGAUGACCAAAGAUCGUGGCUAUGGGGAGAAGCUGAUUGCCUUUGAUGAUGAGAUGGAUGUGGCUGAGCUGGCACCUCCGCCUGAGCCAGAAGUUCCAGCUGAGGAGCUUGAUCCAAACCUGCCACAGAAGCAACUGGAGGACCAGAAGAGGGGGGAAGCUCUGCGACAGAUCUUGGUCAACCGUUACUAUGGGAACGUGAAAUCAGGCCAUAGGAGAGAUAGCCUUGCAGCCUUCAGUAAUGGUCCACUUACUGCCGGAACACAAGGGAAAUCUCCCACAGUUGUCAGCUCUGGCAUCGGAGGCCGAGGAGAGCUCAGUUUGGCAGAGGUCCAGUGUCAUCUGGAUAAAGAGGGCGCAUCAGAUCUGGUCAUUGACCUCAUCAUGAACGCUACGAGUGACCGGAUCUUCCAAGAGAGCAUUCUGCUCGCCAUCGCACUGUUAGAGGGAGGAAACACGGUCAUCCAGAGGUCAUUCCUCCAACGUCUGACCAGUGACAACAAGUCAGAGAAGUUCUUCAAGGUCUUUUAUGAGCGAAUGAAGCUUGCCCAGCAAGAAAUCAAAGCCACCGUGACAGUCAACACGAGUGACCUGGGCAGUAAGAAGAAGGACGAGGAGCCACCGGACAAAGACACCCCGGCACGCAAGAAAGUCAAAGAUAUGCCAGUGGUCGCCGUGGUUACGGAGGAAGUGAAAGAGCAGCUGCUGGAGGCCACUGCUGUCACCAAGAAGGCUUUCACAACAUAUCGUCGGGAGGUGGAAGCUGAAGAGCAUCAGGCGGCCGCUGAAGGCUCCGCCGUGCCAACAGCUGACAAGAGUCAGGAGGAGGGCGAGAUGAGCGUCAUCAUCACCAUCAUGCAGCCCAUCCUGCGCCUCAUGCAGCUGCUGUGUGAGAACCACAACAGAGAUUUGCAGAACUUUCUGCGAAACCAGAAUAAUAAGAACAACUAUAAUCUGGUUUGUGAGACGCUGCAGUUCCUGGACUGUAUCUGCGGCAGCACCACAGGAGGACUGGGGCUGCUGGGUCUCUACAUCAAUGAAAAGAAUGUGGGUCUCAUCAACCAGACCGUGGAAAGCCUGACCGAGUACUGCCAAGGUCCCUGUCAUGAGAAUCAGAACUGUAUUGCUACCCAUGAAUGCAACGGUAUAGAUAUCAUCAUCGCACUUAUCCUGAAUGACAUCAAUCCUCUAGGAAAGAAGAGGAUGGAUCUAGUGCUAGAGCUGAAAAAUAACGCCUCCAAGCUUCUUCUUGCCAUCAUGGAGAGUCGCCAUGACAGUGAGAAUGCAGAGCGGAUUCUUUACAACAUGAGGCCUAAGGAGCUGGUUGAAGUGAUCAAAAAGGCCUAUAUGCAAGGUGAGAUAGAAGUGGAAGAGCCUCAGGAGGGUGAAGAAGAAGAGGAAGAGCACUCUGCCUCCCCACGCAACGUUGGUCAUAACAUUUACAUCUUGGCUCAUCAAUUGGCGCGACACAACAAGGAGUUGCAGGCCAUGCUGAAGCCUGGGGGGACGUACGGAGAAGGGGAUGAGGCCCUCGAGUUUUAUGCCAAACACACGGCUCAGAUUGAGAUUGUUCGGCUGGACCGCACCAUGGAACAGAUAGUGUUUCCUGUCCCCAACAUCUGUGAGUUCCUCACUCAAGAGUCCAAGUUGCGCGUCUACUACACAACAGAAAGGGACGAACAAGGCAGCAAGAUUAAUGACUUCUUCCUGCGAUCUGAGGACCUAUUUAAUGAAAUGAACUGGCAGAAGAAGCUGCGAGGUACUCAGGAGGCCAGUGGUGACACAAACACCAUUCCCUCUCAGCCCAUUCUCUACUGGUGCUCCAGGAACAUGUCUUUCUGGAGCAGCAUAUCCUUCAACCUGGCCGUUCUCAUGAACCUGCUGGUGGCCUUUUUCUACCCUCUUGACAGCGUCCACGGAGGACCUCUUGAGCCUCAUCUGUCCGCCCUGCUCUGGAUUGCGAUGCUGGUCUCUCUGGCUAUUGUCAUCGUCUUGCCUCAGCCACACGGCAUCCGGGCCCUCAUCGCUUCCACCAUCCUGAGACUGAUCUUCUCCGUGGGCCUUGAGCCCACAUUGCUCUUGCUGGGGGGCUUCAAUUUAUGUAAUAAAGUCAUCUUCCUGAUGAGCUUUGUGGGGAACCGUGGAACCUUCACACGUGGCUACAGAGCCAUGGUCACGGAUGUUGAGUUCCUCUACCACCUGCUCUACCUGAUCAUCUGUGCGCUGGGGGUCUUCGUCCAUGUCUUCUUUUACAGUUUGUUGCUUUUCGAUCUGGUCUACAGAGAAGAGACGCUGCUCAAUGUGAUAAAAAGUGUGACACGGAAUGGGCGCUCCAUCGUUCUGACGGCAGUCUUGGCCCUUAUACUCGUCUACCUCUUCUCCAUUGUGGGAUACAUCUUCUUCAAAGAUGAUUUCCUCUUAGCUGUUGACCGGAUUCCAAACAAGACCUUGGAACAUGGAGCCAGUCUGAUCAACGAGUUCUUCUCAGGUGGAAGGUGCCAAAAGGAAAAUGGAGAGAAUUGUUCCAAAGAAGCCAUGGUGGAUGCUUCUGUUGCAAUCCAGCCGUCGGCCGUGGUGAUAGAGGACAAAGAGAGUACAUGUGACACCCUGCUCAUGUGCAUCGUCACAGUGUUGAGCCAUGGCCUGAGGAGCGGAGGGGGUGUGGGCGAUGUCCUCCGGAAGCCAUCUAAGGGGGAGCCUCUUUUUGCAGCCAGAGUGAUCUACGAUUUGCUCUUCUUCUUCAUGGUCAUCAUCAUCGUCCUCAACCUGAUCUUUGGUGUCAUCAUCGACACAUUUGCUGACCUGAGGAGCGAGAAGCAAAAGAAGGAGGAAAUCCUCAAGACAACGUGUUUCAUCUGUGGUCUGGAGCGGGACAAGUUUGACAAUAAGACGGUGACCUUUGAAGAACACAUCAAAGUGGAGCACAACAUGUGGCAUUACCUGUUCUUCAUCGUCCUGGUCAAGGUGAAGGAUUCCACUGAGUACACCGGGCCGGAGAGCUAUGUGGCUGAAAUGAUCCGCGAUCACAACCUGGACUGGUUCCCCCGGAUGAGGGCCAUGUCCUUGGUCAGCAGCGAUGCAGACGGCGAGCAGAACGAAAUCCGAAACCUGCAGGACAAACUGGAGUCCACCAUGAAACUGGUGUGCAACCUCUCCGGUCAGCUGACGGAGCUGAAAGAGCAGAUGACAGAGCAGAGGAAACAAAAGCAGCGCAUCGGCCUGUUGGGACAUCCUCAGCACCUGAACCCUCAGCAGCCCGCCUGAGUCGGACGGAGCCACGUGAAACGGCUGCUGUGAGUGUGACUUGCAUCUGUAGGGAAAUGUAACUGUAGUAGUCCAUCAGAGAAUGUGUAGCUAACCCGCUGGCAGGCGUGCUGCCGCUCACCUGGCCUCCUCUCUUCUGUCUCUCCCGGUGCCAAAUCACGCGGCUUUGUCAUAACUAGCCUUUUAUGGUUCUACUUGAAAACAACUGAAUUGGCAGUUUUAGUUUUGGAGCAGAUAUUCGUGUAUCUUAUUCUCAGUGUUACAGGUUUUUCUAUAUUGUGCAAUAUUUAAACUUAAUAAAUAUUAAGUUCAUCCGAGCAUGUCUUAUAUGUGCAGAAGCCUGUUGCAUCGACUUGAGCCGUAGUUUCAAUUAAUAUAAAUAUUUAUUCUAUUAUUAUAGAGGGCUAUUGAAAUCACUGCACUUGUUAUGUUUGCAAAAACAAUGGAAUACUAUUGCUUUUGUUCUUUUGAAUUUCUGCUUUUUGCUUUGUACUUCUGCGAGGGUUUUUUUCUCAAUACAAAUUACAAAUUCCAAAGCAUUAGGCUUAUUUUUUCUUCUUAAUGUGUCAUUUUAUUUUAUACUAUAUAUUGUACCCCUAAAAAAUAGUCCGUAUUCUUUUGUUUUUUGUUUUGUUUUUCUCCUUUUUUUUUCACUUUACUGAAAAGUGCUUAUUUUAUUUUUCUGAAUUUUUAAUUUUAUAUAUAUAUAUAUAUAUAUAUAUAUAUAUAUAUAUAUAUAUAUAUAUA